UCGAAAGUGAUGAGUGGUAGUCGUUUAGACUCGUUGAGAUCUGUUCUAGUUGGAGUUAAAAUACUGAGGUAGUAAAAAAUUUAACAAAGUGUGAGCGAUGGCCAUGGAACGUACGCCCGAAAAUAUUUUUUCUACUCUUUCUCUGAAUUUUCCAUUGUUUAUACCUACUCUUCUGAAAGAGGGUCUGCAAUCCCAUAGAGUAACGUCGGAUUUCAGACAACAGGUGUCACUGGCUCUAGAAAGGCAGCUUAGUGGACAACUGGCCAAUUCAUACACAUCUUCUUUAAUCAACAUCCCAAUUGCUACGCAAGGAUCAACUGUACCUGCCUUGAAUACAAUUCCAAGUUUUCCUGCAAAAUCUUCUACAAAACAUCCUCCUUUGACAGCAAGUAACAGUGUGGCUAACUGCAAUGCAGCAUCGCACCUGAAAACACUUGCAUCCCGUGAACAUAGAAAAUUGGAUAGGAGUAUCAGCGAGCCUGUUGAUAAAUCUCAACAAACACUGAAACAAGCUCCUCCCAAUUCUAGCCGAUAUAAGACUGAACUAUGUCGACCCUUUGAAGAGAGUGGCACCUGCAAAUAUGGAGACAAAUGUCAAUUUGCUCAUGGUCUUGGUGAAUUAAGAACAUUAACACGCCAUCCAAAAUAUAAAACUGAACUUUGUCGUACAUUUCAUACCACCGGUUUUUGCCCUUAUGGGCCCAGAUGUCACUUCAUUCAUAACAGUGAAGAUUCUAAAAAGUGCCUUUUGAAUACAUUGCAAGGGCCUGCAAAUUUACCAGUUGCGAAUAAUCCUAGCCUGUCCCCGACUUCCCUAUCGCCUCAUCUUUCGCCAAAAGAUUACGAUAUAUGUAGUUUUAGCAUUGGGUCGGCUGGUGAGCUAUCGCCUACUAACAGCUCUACUGGUAGCAUCAGUAGCAGCAGUGGAUCACCUACGUCUUCUCUUGGUGGAUUUUUCUUGGAUGAUAGUCAUGCAUCGUACUCUUUGCCCCAAGUUCCUCAAACAGCACCACCUACUCUGAGUAGUGGAAGGUUCUUUGGUGCUGAUUAUAUGCCUCUGAAACCCCUGUCAACAUUGCCACCACUUGUUCCACAAGAAGAAUUAUUGUCUGUGCAGCAGAAUGAUGAUUUAAUUUCAUCACUAGAUACAUUGGUGUCUGAACUGGAAUUAGACUGCCUUAAUGAGGUAAACAGCAAUGCUGAGUCCCCAGCUAAGCCUGAAUCAUGUGCUGCAUUGGACAUCAAUAGAAAUAUCAGACUUCCCAUUUUCAGCCAGUUAGCACAUGGAAAUUCUCCGUAACUUUUUUUGAAAUCAUUGUUACUGUUAAAUUUUUUUUUAUUGAAGAGACUGAAGCCAAUUUGGUGACAUCUUUUGGACUCGACAUAAAUAUGUUAAGUCUUUUUAAGUUUUUUCCUAAUUUUACAUGCUGGAAAUGGAAUUUGGUUUAUCAGUAACGAACUUCUUGUAGUGGAAGAUGUGUUGGAAGCUAGCUGUAUGAAAGUGUAAAUUAUUAAUCUAUUUGUAUUUAGAAUAUUUUAAGCUAUAAACCCCUGCUGAUAUUUUAUAUUCCAUAAUUUCCUAUCUUUGUUUGCUUUCAUUUAUUUAAAAGUGCUUAUAUACAGCUAUUGUAGGUUAACUGGAGCACUAUGGGUGUAAAUUGCAAGGGCAUUAUGAAUUAUUUAUUUUCAUAUCUAGGAAAGGUCAUAGAGUAUCUUCUACCUUACUAUUUGUCAGUAUAGUGUUAUAAUCAGCUUUACAAUAUCUUUUUGACUAAAAAUAUAAAAUUGUAGGCUUAGUAAUAUGCUUUGCAGAGCUUUACAUUCUAAUAGUAAUUCAAUUUGCACUUCUUGUAAAUACUCUUUAAUAAUGGCAAAUUUUAACUUGUGUAAGUUUUCGCAUUUCAUAAGAAGCUUUAUGUAGUUAAAUCUAUAGAUUUUUAAUCUCCACAUUAAAGACUAGAUACUCAUCAUAGAAUUUUGAAUGUUAGAUGCAGUUACAAGAAUAUUUCGCACUACAUGUCGAUCAUAACGAUCGAUUUUGUUGAGCAUCUUUCAUUUCAAGUGCAUCGAAGAUCUUGUAAUAACCGAGUUAUUAUGAGUCUCUUGCAAAUAUUUCUUGUUACUGUUGUGUUGGGUAAGCAUUUUAAGUUUGUACUACUCGAUUCUGAAGGAUUUUCUAAAUUUUAAGUUAAAAUCUUUUUGUAUAACUCGUAAUUUUGAAUUUUGGAAAAAAAUUUUUGCAUUGGCUGUUAUUAUGCUUGUCAGUUUUGAAAUUUCCAACAUUUAAUCAAAUUUAUUAAAAUAUUGACUUUUAAUGCUUUUUAUGAAUGUGACUUAUGCAGAACAUCAUAAUUAAGUGUUGCAUAUUUUUGUAGUCUUUUAAUCAUGCAAGUUAGCAUUUAGAUAACUAAAAAGUUUUUAAAGUGCUUUUUUAUGUGCUUUUAUAGCCAUUUAUACUUAAUCUUCAAGUAUAUCUACUGAUUUUCUAUGUUCUUCAAAGCAUUCUUUAUCUUCAGAAGCAAUGAAGCAAGUUUAUGCGUUUGUGAUACAAGUGACAUAUAAACCAUUUAUGUGCCUUAUAUUAAUACCCUCUUAACUUGUGUGCUAUUAAUAGAUUGGGGGACCAGUUUUUAUUGCUGUGUGGAUUUUACAUCUUUUCUCAUACGAUAUAUGCAUUUGUAUUUUUGGAUUUCAUUUAGCUUCCCGUAUUUAUUUUUGCAUCUGUAAAAAGUAAUUCAUGUUGUGUUUUAAUUUUAUUGUUAAUUUAAUAAAUAAAAUUCUAAGGCUUUUUAAUUUGGAAAGUAUUAGGAUUUAAAUGGUGCUUUUAAGAAUUUUUAUUGUAUAUCUAGUAUUACGUCUAUCUUUUAGUUCUGUUAAGUAUAUUAAACAGCUGUUUUCCCAACUUUAUCCCCAUUUCUGAAUUUUUAGAAAUGUUUUUGUUUUAAUUAGUGGCUAAUUGUCUCUAAAUAUCACGACAGUUGGGAUCCUUAUGUUUUAAUUGUUUAGUCAUACUUUAUCUGUUUAUUGCUGUAUCAUAUAUUUAUGUAAUUUAUUUAUUUAAACUAAACUGCAAGUAGCUGCUAAGUGGACAAGUAAUCUGCUCACUUUUUAAUGUAUAAGAAAAACAUUCUAAGCUAGUUGAGAAUGAUUUGCCAAAAUUUUCUGAUGUGGGUAAGUCAUGCAAAGUUUUUGAUUUUUUUUGAUGGUUGAUGUUUUUGUAAUUUAAACUGUCAAAUCGCACAAUUUAAGUCUAAUAUGAUGCAUUCUGUACUAUAUGUUCUGAUGCUUUUCAGUGAUGUAUUUUGUAGUAAUGCUAUGAUCAAAGUGUAAAAUAUUAUUAGUCUAAGUCUUGAUAAAUCUUAUUCCACUUGCAUUAAUAUCGUGUCUAUUAAUAUUGUAUCAUUAUCAAAGAUUUUUUUGUUAAAUUUUACUGAAAUUUAUAUAACAUUUCUUUUGUAAUUAUUCAGAAGUAUGAAUGGUUAGUCUUCCUGUUAAAUAUAUGAUUACAGAAAUUGAUGAGGUGCAAUAAGUAUAGAAUUUAUUUUUAAUCAAAAUGUAUAAGUUUAAAAGUUAUUGUAUAAAAUAAUGUAAGAAUUAAUCAAGAAUUAUAAUUUCCUGUGUAUAUUGGUAAAGAUUUUAUGUAGAUUUUUUUUUAUUUGUACUUUUAAAUCAAAUUUUUAUUUUGAAGAGAUUAUAUCAGAGAAUUAUAUAUUUUAUGUAAAAGUAUUGCUCUUUUCUAUCUUGAAUGUGUCUAAUGCUUUUUCAAUUAAUUUGCUGAUUAAGUUGGGAAAAUUCUAACAACCAUGACCAAGGAAGACUUAAUUGCAGAAUUUAUUCGUAAUUGAAUACUGGAAUGUAUGGCUGUGAACCUGUCUGUGCCUUAUGUUUAUAUUUUUACUCAUCUGACCAAAUUGUUACUUGUAUAUUAGUUCUGUGAUUAUAAUGAAAGUGUGAACUACAUUCCCUAUUACAAAUAAAGCAUUUUUAAUCAGGUUUCA